GGAACCAGCCCUGAAGUUCACAACAGCAGUAACAGCAACUGGAGAAGCAGGCUCCCAGAAGCCCAGCCCUUCAAAUCAGAUCUGCCUGAGAGGACCUACUUGAGUGGUCGCUGACCAGUCCUUGCCCCAGGAUGGGGACCACGUCCAGAGCAGCCUUGGUCUUGGCCUGUUUAGCUGUUGCUUCUCUAGCCUCAAAGGGAGGCUUCAAGGCUUCAGGGCAGAGGGAGCUGGGGCCAGUGCACCUCACUCACCCCCUUCAAGAAGUUGGCUAUGCUGCACCCCCUUCCCCACCUCUGACCAGAGCUCUCCCCAUGGAUCACCCUGACACCUCUCAGCAUAGCCCUCACUUUGAAGAACAGAGUGAAGGUAAGUCUCAAAUGGGAGGGGAAGAAGGAGAGGGCUACUUACACACUCCGCCUUCUGUAGUACAGCCAUCUCCAUCUCAGAAAGCCAUCCCUGUCCAAGAGGAGCUGCCCCCUCCCCAACUCCCUGUGGAAAAGAAAGGGGAUCCACCUCUCCCUCAAGAGGCCGGCCCCCUCCAAAAAGAGCUAUCCCCUCCCCAGGUCCUUAUUAAACAGAAGGAAGAAAAGCUGGCUCCCUUCAUGGACCACAGCUCCCCAGAGCCCAAGUCUUGGAAUCCAGCCCAGCACUGCCAACAGGGCCGACACCAAGGUGGCUGGGGCCACCGGCUGGAUGGCUUCCCCCCUGGGCGGCCUUCUCCGGACAAUCUGGACCAGAUCUGCCUUCCUAAUCGUCAGCAUGUGAUGUACGGCCCUUGGAACCUGCCACAGACUGGCUUUUCCCACCUUGUUCGUCAGGGUGAGACCCUCAAUUUGCUGGAAACUGGAUAUUCCCGCUGCUGCCGCUGUCACAGCUACACAAACCGCUUGGACUGUGCAAAAGUCAUGUGGGAGGACACAAUGACCCGGUUCUGUGAGGCUGAAUUUUCUGUCAAGACCCGAGCCUAUUGGUGCUGCAAACGUCAGGGGGAGGCUCGAUUCUCCUGCUUCCAAGACGAAGCUCCCCGGCCACACUAUCAGCUCCAGGCCUGCCCCAGCCACCAGCCUGGUAUUUCCUCGGGUCCUGAGCUGCCUUUUCCCCCUGGGCUACCCACACUGGACAAUAUCAAGAACAUCUGCCACCUAAGACGCUUCCGCUCUGUGCCACGCAACCUCCCAGCUACUGACCCCAUCCAAAGGCAGCUGCAGGCUCUGACCCGGCUGGAGGGGGAGUUCCAGCGCUGCUGCCGGCAGGGGAACAACCACACCUGUACAUGGAAGGCCUGGGAGGAUACCCUUGAUGGCUACUGUGAUCAGGAAAAGGCUACAAAUACCCACCACUACUCGUGUUGCCACUACCCUCCUAGCCCUGCCCGAGAUGAGUGCUUUGCCCGGCAGGCUCCCUAUCCCAACUAUGACCGGGACAUCUUGACCGUGGACCUCAGCCGAAUCACCCCCAACUUCAUGCGUCAUCUCUGUGGAAAUCAAAGAGUUCUCACCAAGCAUAAGCAGAUUUCUGGGCUGAUCCAGAACAUGACUGCCCACUGCUGUGACCUGCCGUUUCCAGAGCAGGCCUGCUGUGCUGAGGAGGAGAAAUCAGCCUUUAUUGAUUACCUGUGUGGUCCCCGACAUAACUUCUGGCGAGACUCUGCCUUCUGCUGUAAACUGAGUCCUGGGGAUGAACAGACCAACUGCUUCAACACUAAUUAUCUGAGGGAUGUGGCUCUAGUGGCUGGAGACAUUAGGGAUGCCAAGGACCAGGGGGAGCAGGGCCCAACUUGGGGAACAAAUAUCAGCCCCACCCCUGAGUCCAAGGAAGAGUGAGUCACCCCAGAGCCUUGGAGGGUGAGAUUGGGGGACCCCACCCCACCCCACCCCAUCCUCCUGGAAUACUCAUUACAGUAAACACCUCUUGGAUUUGGCCUCAUUGUGUCUGUUGUCUCACACAAACACACCCUCCUAAGCCUGCCCUAUUUUCUUCAGUGUCUGGCCGCUGAGGCCCACUGCCCCACCCCCACUAACUGAGCAGAAGUCUUUCCACAGGCUUUGUUGAGACCAAAACUAAAUGGUUUAACUUCAGUAUUUGUCAUCUUGAAUUUAUUCACACAUUUAAAAGGAAUGUCACUUUGUUAGCUGGCUAUCUGGAUUCAGAAGUGAAAAAGAUAUGAUUCAUGUCUUUGGUGAGCCCCCAAAAUGCACAGCGCUGCCUGACAUUUUUUAAUCUUCACUUUUGAUCCUUGGAGUCCAUGUGUUUAUUCAUUCAGUAUACAUUGAUUGAACUCCUGUCGAUGUGCACUGUGCUAGACUGCAGGAUACACAUUCGGAAAACAUACAGUUCCUUCCUUCAGGUUGCUCACAUUCCAGAAAACUAGCAGGUGUGAUUAGUGUUGUGGUACAGGGCUGCCAGAGUGCCAGUAUGCUCGGAGCACUUGAUAACCGGGCCAGAGCUGGGAGUAGGGCUGGGGGCAGUAGGGGUGCACCAGGGAAGGCCUCUGCAGGGGUGAGGUCUACUGCAGGAGAAGUAGAAGGUACAAGGGGCAGGUACGGACCAGGCGAAGGGGCAACUCAUGCAGAAGCACAUAGGCUGAAAGGACCUGACGUGGUUGUUCCUCCCAGAUGAGUCUGGAAAGAUGAGCAGGAGCUCAUUACGAAUGACUCAUCUGCCCGGCUUAAAGGGCAUCUUGGCACCUUAUAUGUGUUCACAUUUGCCUUUUACGAUGUCUAGUCGGCAGCCAGGCAGGCAGGAACCUGGGAAGCCAGUUCGGACAGUGUCGUGCCAAUGCCUGAGGGGAGGGCGCCGUAGCACCCAGACCGAAGCUAGACCACAGGGUGGCGGGACCCUGCGGCCCUUCGAGAUUGACCACAGGAAACCGGAGCCUCCAGGCUGGAGCUGAAAGAACUGGAAUGAAGGCUUAGUCCCGAGGGGACGAGUCCUCUGUGAUUCUGCUGCCUGGACAACUUUCCAGAAAGCAGGACGUCCCCGGCCCAGCUUACGGAGGAAGAGAGUGAAACAGGGACUGCCGUCCUUCCCCAGCCGGGGACUAGAUGAGCCCCAGCAGCUCUAAAACUGACACCGGCCGUUCCCUCCACUCCUCCACCGCCUUUUAUUUAUUUACGUACACUUUGCCCGCGUAGCAGUUUUUAACCCAUCAGCGUCUUAGCAGCUCCUUCGCCUGUCCGUCAGCACGGGGGCCAAUGAGCGGGCGAGAGACACUCCGUGCCUCGCCCCUGAGACGGCAACCCUGCCAGCGCGAUCCUGCGCGACCCCGGCCGCGCGCUCGGGUAGCGCUCUCAGAGGGCGUCAGCUUCUAUGCGCGGACGUCUGGCCCUUUUCUGAUCGCCUCUGGGUGCCAGAGGCCGGGCUGGCAGAGGCAGGGCGCACUCUUUCCCCAACCCCGUCCGCUCGUCCGCCCUCGGUGUACGGGUGCAAACCAGCUCGCGGGGCGGAGCCCCGGCCGGUGGAGGGACGGGUGGGCAACUCCGCCGGCA